AUGGGACGUCUAAAUGAUGAAUUUAAUUUUUGGUGGAUUAAAUCUAAUAGUAGAAGAGAAUGUUUAUCUACAACACAAUCAAGACAAUCAACAACAACUGAUCCCCAACUUUUUAAAAGUAAUUCAGGCAGAGAAAGAGAAAAAUCAGAUUCAUUUCGGACCAGUCCAAGGGCAUCAUCUUCUCGUUACGAAAGAUAUUCUUCAGCAUCACAAUUGGCAAAAACUUUUGAAAACAACCCUUUCACAUAUAUAAACAGUUCAAAAGUAUUUAAUGGUGAAACACCUACUAGAUUAUCUUUUGAAGAAAAUAAAGACCAACAAACAAAAGAAAAUACGGAAUUUGUAAAUAAUUUAGAAACGAGGACAUGGCCACCUAAAGUUAUAAAAGUACUUUAUUUAAUUAGUGGGGAAUUGAGGGAAGAGAAAAAAGGUCAAAGAAAUUCUCAAAAAAAUCAAAUCAAAUCUACAACUGAGAACGAAAGGAAAAAACAAAUAGAGAAAAUAAACAAAUAG